CACACACACACACCAGUCAGGAUGCCACACAGACUAUUUCUAAUGUUUGUGGAAGCAUGUUUUUGUAUCUGACAUACAAUAAUAAAGCUUGUCACUGACACUUUCAGUCUUUUUGCAUCUGAUAACCGCUUCCAGCUUAAACAACAUAGCUGCAACAUGUGUGCACGUCUCUGCUGUUCCAGCCAUACAUGUGCAGUGACCAAGUGAUCUGGCUCCUCAUGGCUCCAUGAUGGCCCAGGCCUUCAGUGGUGGAUCCUUCAGACGUUAAAACUCGUAGAGCAAAUCAGACAAAACCAGCGUGCCCAACAACCACAACUGGACUGAUGACAGGCGCUGACACCGUAAACCAGGCAGUUUAUGAAGUCCAGCGCCGAAGUCGGAGGCAGCAAUGCGGCGUCAGAGCUCCAGUCUCUGGUUUUCAGGUAAUGGAUCCGAACCUUUCCUGUCUCAUCCUUUUCAAUCUCAUUUGCCUGGUUGCCUGCACUUCUGAGAACCACCAGCACAAUGGCAGCCACCACUAUGAUUACUGUGUGGUUGGAGGUGGUCCUGCAGGACUUCAGAUGGGUUACUUCCUCUCCAAGGCUCAAAGGAACUACAUCAUUUUGGAGAGGAACUCGGGACCUGGCAGCUUCUUCAACAAAUAUCCCAGACACAGGAAGCUCAUAAGCAUAAACAAGAUCCACACAGGAAGACAGAACCGGGAGUUCAACCUCCGCCACGACUGGAACUCGUUGCUGAGCGAUGAUCCCAACCUCCUGUUCAAGAGAGUCAGCAGAGAGUUUUACCCACCAGCGGAUACCUUCCCUCUCUACCUGUCCAUGUUUGUGAAGGAGCUUGGCUUGAGGGUCCUGUACGGUGUGGACAUCGGAAAGAUCCGAGCUGUACAGUCACAGACUGCCAGGCGCUACCUCCUGACUGAUCAACAUGGAUCACACUACUUCUGCAGCAUCCUUCUGGUGGCUACAGGCUUGUGGGUUCCUCAAACAGUAGACUUUGUGGGGUCAGACCUGGUGGAGGGCUACGAGUCCAUCUCAACAAACCCAGAAGACUUCAAGAAUCAGGCGGUACUGAUCCUUGGAAAGGGGAAUUCUGCCUUUGAAACAGCCCAGAGCAUCCUGGGAAGCGCGAGUCGGGUGCACAUGCUGAGCUCCAGCCCGGUUCGACUUGCUUGGCAAACGCAUUAUGUUGGGGAUCUCAGAGCUGUGAACAAUGAGCUGAUAGACACAUACCAGCUGAAGUCCCUUGACGGGCUGGUGGAGUCACGUCUGGAGAAAAUAGUCAUCGCUCGCAAAAAAGACAAUGGUGCAAGCAGAUCAGGUGGAAAGAGGAAGGAAAAAACAGAACAGCUGUAUCUAACUUUGAAAAAGUAUGUAAACGUGAAGAACAGCUCAGACGUGACCCGAGAAGAACUCCCAUCGCAUCAUAUCGACAACUUCCCAAUGCGAAAACCCUAUGACCGUGUCAUUCGAUGUCUCGGAUUUCGGUUCAACUUCAGCAUAUUCGACAGCUCUGCCUGCCCACCGAAUAGUGAAAAUGCCAAAGGGAGGCUCCCAGGGCUGACGGCCUGGUAUGAAGCGACCGACACUCCGGGCCUGUUCGUGUUGGGAACUGCUGGUCACUCCAGAGACUACCGAGCAUCUGCUGGUGGUUUUGUCCAUGGUUUCCGUUACACAGUACGAGCUGUUCAUAGAGUUCUUGAGCAGCGAUACCAUACAAACAACUGGCCUUCAACCACACUGCUGACAACACAGCUGCAGUCUUGGAUUUUGAAGAGGGUUGGUGAGGCCUCGGGGCCAUACCAGAUGUUUGCAGUGCUGGGCGAUCUUAUACUUCUUCGAGGAUCAGACUGUGUGUACCUGGAUGAGUUCCCGCUCCAGGCUUUGCCUCAGUUCUCUUCACUCUCUGGCCAUACAGUCCCCAGCCGCGGGCUAAUCGUGGUGCUCAUGCAGUACGGGAAGAAGAAGAUCGACUACCUGGGGAGUAAUAGGGCAGAAACAGAUUGGACAAAGGCUUGGAAGUCCAACUUUCUGCAUCCAGUUUUAUACUACUAUGAGACUCUUCCUACUAAAGAUGACAUGAAGCUGCUUCCUGAGGGCUGGCCUUUACCAAGGCCCAAAGCUAUUCACCACAUGGUUGAGGACUUCCUCGCGGAGUGGGAAAGCCCCAUAUCUCACAUCCAACCACUGCGGCGCUUCCUGGAGCACUGUCUUCAGACUGACCUCAGGACUUUCUAUGCAGAGUCGUGUUUCCGCUCGUCUCUUACCCACCACAAGCCGCCACCGUUCUGCCAGCAGGGAUACCUGAAGCAGCAGGGUGUAAUCCACAGCUCUGAGCUUCAGCAGCACUUUCCUACCUCUGGACUCUCUGGCUGAUCAGGAACUUGGUUUACCUGGAACUGACCUGCCAAUCCCUGACAACCCGGUGUCAGCUGGAACCUCCAUGUCUUCAGGACUUGGCCUAUGAUUGUUGUCCCAACAGUCUGCCAAAGUAUCACACUCAUGUAUUCUCUCUGACACAGUUCCUACUAAUAGAGAUUUCAUAAUAUCGCUGUGAGUAUAUUUGAGGUCUGAUGGUGCGUUCACACUGGAAGCGUUGCAAGCGUCACGGGCGUCGCUUUUACAUUCAAAGUCUAUGGUGGACGAGCUUCAACGGACCUGACGCGCAUCAGGCGCUUUUCGAGCGUCGCUUUCCGAGCUUUUCGAGCGUUGGCGAAGCGCGUCACGCACGUCACGCGUUGCGGGCGUCAACGCCUGAAGUUGGGAAAAUUGAACUUUCGAAGCGUCAACGCGCGCGUCAUCCAAUCACAGACGAGCACUCUGAGCGCUGAUGCAGGCCAGAAGCUCGUCAAACUGGGCCCGGGAGAGGCGGAAGUACCGCCGAAAGCGAACCUCAUCCUCACGCUGGCCCCGUGAUCUGGAUCCGGCCCUGGAGGGUGUGAGAAACUGUGCGGUCGCCGGCGGGCACACACGAACACGACCCGC